AUGCUCCUAAACAUGGCACCUGUUGGUGUGGCUGAACUGGCUUGGGUCCUCUUGCCCUUUAUUUGCUUGACAUUAUCAGCUGAUAUGCUGCCGUUUGCUGCAGCUACAAUACAAGGGUACAUUGGAGACAGGAGCAUAAUAUGUCCCUCAGUGUGCAGGUGCGAUGAGGACUUUAUCUACUGUAAUGACCGUGGUCUGAGCUCAAUACCACCACUACCCCCUUCUGCAUCUGUCCUUUACCUUCAGAACAACCACAUAAACAACCCGGGCCUACCCACAUCCUUGGAGCACCACCUCGCUGUCCGUGUAGUCUACCUCUAUGACAAUGAAUUGGAUGAAUUCCCUGUGCACCUACCACCAUCCCUCCGUGAACUGCAUUUACAGGAUAAUAACAUCCGCACCAUUCCUCGCAGUGCCCUGGCCCGGAUGCCCCUGCUGGAGAAACUCCAUCUGGAUGACAACUCCAUUUCAACUGUCAGCAUCGAGGACCAGGCCUUUGCUGACAACCCCCGGCUGCGCCUGCUCUUCCUGUCUCGUAACCAUCUGUCUAGCAUUCCCUCAGGACUGCCUGCCUCACUGGAAGAGCUUCGUCUGGAUGACAACCGUAUCUCCACCAUCCCUACCCAUGCAUUCCGAGGCCUCACCUCACUUCGAUGUCUCGUCCUAGACGGGAACCUUCUGGCAAACCAACGCAUUGCUGAUGACACAUUCUCACGCCUUUCCAACUUGACUGAGUUGUCCCUGGUUCGAAACUCCCUGCAGACCCCGCCUCUCAACCUGCCCCGUGCCCACCUGCAACGGCUGUCUCUGCAAGACAACGCACUUACCCAUAUGCCCCGGGGUUCCUUGGAUGGCAUGCGCAGGCUGCAGAGACUGGAUCUGUCGGGCAACAAUCUAACCACCUUGCCCAGGGGGCUUUUCAGAGACUUGGACAGCCUAGGACAGCUGCUGGUACGAGGUAAUCCCUGGCACUGUGGCUGUAACCUGCGUUGGCUAUAUGACUGGCUGCAUGAGCGUGGUAACUCCAUCACGGUCAGGGGCCUCACCUGCCAUGGGCCCGAGAGGGUGAGAGACAUGGCUUUGAAAGACCUGACUAGCCAGAUGGAGGAAUGUGAGGUGGUCCGAACAACAGGAAACAGAGACAGAGCAGCUGGAGCUGGAGCAGCAGAUAGCUCUACUACCCUCUCCCCUCCACAGGGGUCUCUCUUCACCCUCCGCUCAAAGAGACCUGGCCUUGGGCUUCCUGACUCUGGCUUAGACUACACCCUGGGAAGCAGUGGUGUGGGAAAGAGCCUGGCCCUCAAUGUGAAGCCUCUCUCUCAUGACAGCAUUCGUGUUACCUGGAGUGUGGCCCAGCCCUCCUCAUCCUUUAGGCUGAGUUGGCUGCGAAUGGGCACAAGUAAUGCGAUGGGCUCCAUCACUGAGACGUUGGUAAGGGGGGACCGCCGAGAAUAUCUACUCACCUCCCUACAGCCUCGCUCGAGCUACAUCAUCUGCAUGGUGCCACUGACUGCCAGCUCGGGAAGCAAAGGGGUCAUGUCGGGAGAUACUGACUCUGAUGAGGCUCUGGUGUGUGCUAAAGCUGAAACCUCAGACCUUAGCCAAAUGGACGGCAGCCAGAAGGAGGACAAAGAUUCGCAGCAAAUCACUGCUCUACCCCUGGCAGGGAUCAUUGGUGGGGCUACAGCCAUCGUCUCUUUGGCUCUGAUAUUCGCCAUCUUCUGCUGGUACGGCCACAGGAGCGGACAGUUAUCCUCCCGUGACCACUACACUCGCAGCAGUUCCCGAAAAAGCAAGAACUAUGAUGACUACAUUGAGUCCGGCACUAAGAAAGACAAUACCAUCCUGGAGAUCCGAGGUCCAGGGUUCCAGAUGACACCGAUGCCAGCUUGCCAGCCACUGCAGCCCAAGCCCCUACGAGAAGAUUACAUCAUUCAUACUAUAUUCCCCUCCAAUGGCACUGGCCUGUACAAAGGUGCCAACAAUGUGUCCAAUGCAGGAUACGGUACCAACCGAGGGUACAGAGAAGGAGGAAUCCCAGAUAUAGACUACUGUUACACAUGA